GAUUGGUCGCUCUGAUACGUGUUCCGCUAGUGCGUGCGUGUAGGUGAUGUUGUGAACACACGGUGCCCGUGAAACGCGGAACACGGAAUCACUGCCGUUCUGCUGAACAACGAACCAGCACCGUUCGCGGCGAGUCGCACAAACUCCACCGGCAACAACUCCGAUUCAGCAGCGACCACACGAUGGCUUCCCGGGGCGGACCGAUGGUCCUCGGCACGGACGGUGCCGACUUCGAGCACAGGCAACGCGUGGCCGCACACUACCAAAUCAGCGCACUGAACAAAUCCCGGUUAAAGUACUGCAUUUUCUUCCACUAUCUGCUGUUUUUCGUGAUGCUAGUCAAACUGUCGGCAGACAUCCUCGAUCGGCUGGACAUAUUUAUCCUGGAAAUCGAAGAGCUGCAGAUACCGCAGCCCCUCUGGUGGGAGUACUUCUGGUGCCUCUCCGUGUUCCUGUCAUUCGUCGGGCUUGCCGCCGCCCGCGGUAAUCGCGUCAAUGAUAUGAAAAAGUACAUGGUUGGUAUCAGCACGGUCGCCUUCGUGCCGCUCCUGUACUGUAUCUUCUACUACAUGAACGACGUGCUGGAGUACAUUAGCUUGGAGCAAGGCACCGAACUCGACGAUACCGAUAUUCUCGUCUGGCAGGUAAUUGGCUAUCCGUACGGGCUGCUGUGGUACGGGUUCGUGCUUUUGGCCUUCCAAGUGCACUUUUUCUCGCUGUUCUUUGCCUGGAACCUGAUCAAAGCCUGGAGGGCACGUGGCGCACUGAGAAAAGCUCAAUAGAAUGGGAAUCGGCUCGGUGCCGCGAUCGUGCAAAACGUAGCCCCACCAACACGUAUCAAUCUAAGCAACAAAUGAAGUGAGAGAGAGAGAGAACACAACGACCUGCACGUGUUCGAAGCGCCGGGCGGGCGGAGCUCCAUCCAACAAACAACUCCUUGCUCGACAAAGACAAUACUCUUAGUGCGAAACGUUAUGAUUCUGCGAGAGCAGCAGCUGCUCUAACUUGUAGACUGUUUUGUUUUGUUUUUGAUCAAUUUCUUUAUUUGAGUAUCCGAUAAACUUUCGUUUACAAAACGCUAGUAGAAAAACAAUCGACAACAACGCUUAAACUAUCAUCUGAAUGUGAAGGCUACGAAAAAGAUACCUAAUUAUUGGUCCAGUUUUGAAAUGACAACAACAAUGCGGUGUAUCAACCGGGAAGGAUAUUACAGGAAAAAGAAAACAUACAACCCCCGCCACAAUGGGUUAACGAACACGAACACACCGACUGACAGAUUUGAAUUUUCAUGUUAGAGUUGUUUCUAGGUUGCAAACAUAACGAAGCCAGUGCGGAAGCUUAAAAACUGUUACGAUGACGAAGGAAGUGCUGGAAAUACCGAAAUAAACCUACAAGGAUCUGGAACCGGUUUUGGGUUGUGUU